AUGCAAGUAGGAAUCAACUGGGUGUCUUGCUUUUAUGAGCGGCAUAAAGCAAAGAUCAAGAGCAUCUAUCUUCGUGCUCUGGAUCAAAAGAGAAAGCAGGCAGAUAAUAGCUACUAUUUUGAACACUUCUUUACUCUUUUGCAGGAGAAGAUCAAGCAGUAUAAUAUUCUACCUCAGAACACCUACAAUUUCAAUGAAAAAGGCUUUCUUCUUGGCCUCCUUCAUACCCUCAAGCGAAUUGUUUCUAUAGAAGCUCUCAAAUGGAAGCAUACAAUUGGAGCAGUGCAGAAUGGCAGUAGAGAAUUCAUUUCUCUACUUGCCGGUAUUUGUGCAGAUGGAACUACAAUUCCACCUGCACUCAUUUACCGCGGGGAAUCAAGAGAUAUGCAAGAUACAUGGCUUGAAGAUUUUGAUCCUAAAAAGGAUCAGGCAUGCUUCGCUGCUUCAGAAAAUGGAUGA